AUGGAGUCCUUCGAUUUGGUUAUUGUGGGCGCAGGCAUCCAUGGCCUGAUUACCUUGAAGACUUAUCACGAUAUCCAUCCGGAUGGUUCGAUAUUGGUUAUUGAUAAAGAAAGAUCGCUAGGGGGAGUGUGGGCCAAGGACAGGUUAUACCCAGGCCUGCACACGAACAAUCACUUCCGAACUUUUGAGUUCAGCGACUAUCCUAUGAAGACCGAUGGCUUCAACCUGGCUGAUGAUCACAUACCUGGAGAGCAUGUCAACGAGUACCUCUGCGACUUUGCAAAAAGAUUUGAUCUCUUAAAAUUUGUGCGCUUCAAUACUAGUGUUGAACUGGCCGUCGACAAUGGACUCGCAGGAUGGACGCUGACAGUAGCUGGGUUUUCCAAUAACGAGGGGACAAAGAUGGCUAUCAAAACAUCCAGGCUCAUCGUGGCUACCGGACUGACCUCAGAGCCUUUCAUGCCCACGCUUCGCGGAAGAGAUGCAUUCGAAGCCCCGAUUUAUCAUACCAGCGAAUUUGCUAGAAUUGAAGGUGGUCUUGGAAGCUUCAACAAAGUCGUGUUGCUCAGUGGUGCAAAGUUCUCUUGGGACAUUGCAUGUGCAUACGCUUCAGCAGGCGUAAAAGUUGAAUGGAUCAUUCGUGAAUCCGGACACGGACCAUGCUGGAUGACGCCUCCUAGGCUUACACCUCUCAAAAUUAUCCCCGAGCUGCUUCUGCAAACAAGGCUGAUUACCUGGCUCAGUCCCUGUAUCUGGGACGAUGGCUUCUCCUUCAUUCGAAACUUUUUCCAGCAACACUGGCUCGGCCGCAAGAUCGCGGACAAGUUUUUCGCGAAGAUGCAGCACAGUAUUGAAGAAAGCAACAAGUAUCACGAAAACCCAGAAACAGCCAAAUUGCACCCGUGGGAUGAUGUGUUCUUUAUUGGUACCAAUAGGGGCUUGUUGAACUACGAUGUCGACUUCUUCGAGUUUGUACGGAACGGCUCGAUCCAAGUUCACAUUGCGGAUAUCACGAGACUCACGCGCAGAGCUGUGCACCUGUCUAACGGCGAUGUUAUCGAAGCGGAUGUCCUCAUAUGUGGAACAGGGUGGAAAGAUACUCCACAGAUUGACUUUGUGACAGAGAGGGAACUUGGUCUUCCAGGUCACUUGCCAUUGUCUGUGCAGCCAUACAUUGCAGCAGCUGAUUCUACGAUUCUUGAAACUUGCCCAAAGCUCAAGAACCAGCCACCGUCUCGGAAAAUCAGACCAAUGGUCGAAGAUGCUGUAGAGGCAAUCCUGGAACCUUAUCGUCUGCACCGGUUCAUGGUGCCUCCAGCUUUCAUUGACAACCGCACACUCGCUUUUGCAGGCGCGUAUCGUAGUCCAGCGACGACCCUUAUAGCCCAGACGCAAGCACUCUGGAUCACAGCAUUUUUCGAUAACCAGAUCCCAGACCUUGAAGCAGGCUUUGAACUCAAUUCGGACCGCAUAAUGUACGAGACAGUCUUGCACACCCAGUUUGGAAAGUGGCGCUACAGCAAAGGUUUUGGCGCUCGAUUCCCAGAGCUGUGGUUUGACUGUCUGCCCUACGUCGAUCUACUUUUGAAAGAUGUUGGGGUACCAAACCAGAGGAAAAAAAGCUGGUGGGCUGAGCGGUUCACACCAUAUAUGCCAGCAGACUACAUCGGCAUCGUUGACGAUUACAUGGCUCUCAAUGCGAGACGUUCUGUCCUAAGGCACAAAUGA